AUGAAAAAGUUAUUGGUAAUAAAAAUAUUUCAAAUACAAUAAAGAUAUUUAUCCCAACGAGAAUUUGAACAUAAGAUAAAAAAAAAGUAGUACUAAAACCGUAAUGUAUCCUAAAAUAGUUGAUUGCAAAUUUACUACUACUAUGUUCCUUCCCUCCUCAUCAGAUCACACAACUCAUAAUCGAAUACGAGUUGUCUACAAUCAAACAUUCUUCUCUCUCUAGAAUUGGGCAAAGAUCUGCUCCUCUUUUUCCCAGUUUCCAUGACGAAUUCCCUCAAGGCCGUAACCCUAACUCACGUCCGGUACCAGAGGGGCGAUCAGCUGGGCCAUUUCCUGGCAUGGAUUUCCCUGGUCCCCGUCUUCAUCAGCUUCGGCGGCUUCGUCUCCCACUUCAUCUUCCGCCGCGAGCUCCAGGGCAUGUUCUUCGCCAUCGGCCUCCUCAUCUCCCAAGUCGUCAACGAAGUCAUCAAGACCUCCGUCCAGCAGGCCCGCCCCGAGACCUGCGCGCUGCUCGAGAUGUGCGAUUCGCACGGCUGGCCCUCCAGCCACUCCCAGUACAUGUUCUUCUUCGCCGUCUAUUUCACGCUCCUCACGCAUUACAGAAUUGGGGCUCUCUUCCGGAAUCAGAUGGCCAUGGUGCUGCUCGUCGUCUGGCCCAUGGCGGUGCUGACCAUGUAUUCCAGGGUUUAUUUGGGGUACCACACGGUGGCGCAGGUCUUCGCCGGGGCGGCGUUGGGGAUCGCCCUGGGUGGGGGCUGGUUCUGGGUCGUGAAUAAUUGGUUCAGGUGUCAUUUUCCGGCCAUGGAGGAGAGCGUGGUCGGCAGGUUGCUUUAUUUGAAGGACACUUCGCACAUUGCCAAUGUGCUCAAGUUUGAAUAUGAGAACACGAGGGCGGCGAGGAAGGAGGCCUGUAAGCGGUCGGAUUAAUGGAUUGGUAAUUGGUAUGUGAGCUUGUUCCUAAAUUCCUUCAGGAUUUGUUGGUGCUACAUAAGACGUAACAGUAUAGGAACUCAGAAGUGUUUAAUUUGGUUCAUUCAAGAAAGCUACAAGUAGCAGCAAGGGAAAUAGACAAUUUCAUUAUCAGUAGAUGACGGGGCCAGUUGUUUACGGUGUGGAAUGAGAUCCUGGUGUGCUAACAGAUAAAUCACUAGUCUGUUUUCUUGAAUAAUCUUUGUCGCCCCUUUUAUACACAUAUUUGAUGUUAACAUUAUUUAUAGCCUUAUAGGUCAAAGGAGCUGCAUUUGCAGUUACUGCAUAGAUUGAAAACUGUUGCAAUAAAUGAAGAAAUUAUAGAUUAUUGCAGUGCAA